GCAGCUGCUGGGCUGACACGUAACUAAAGUUAAAGGUGCUAUGGAGGCCGCGUCGGGGACUUGAGCGUUUACUUUUUCCAUGAUCUUCUUUGAAUUGCGUCGGAAAAGCGAAAGUCUGGAAAGGUAAAAGAGAACGCUAACGGGAGUCGUCAGCCUCGGUUAGUCGCGCAUUUCAGCAGCGCACAGCCGGAGUUUGACGUGAAGUCAAGCGAAAAUCUGAGCGGCUACUUUGAAGUUACAGGGGAGAGUCGUGAAUGGAUGGUGCUAUGCUAAAAUAAUGUACACCGAGGCAAAUAUUAGCGUUUAUUUUUUCUGCCUGGAAAUGCUCGGGGAGUGAGGGGAGGGAGGGGGCGGCUUCUUCAGUCUUCACCGGGAGGUAAAAAAGUUGAGUCGGAAGUUUCCAGCAGCAGAGACGGGGCUUUCUCGCGCAGACAGCGGGGAGGGGUGCGGGUCCAACAUGGGAAACGGGGUGUGCUCCCGGAGGCAGCGGAGGAUCUUCCAGUGUCUCCUGCUGCUCACGGUGGUCUGCGGGAUGUUGUACGGGGGAAUGAUAUCGUAUGAGAUGCACAAACAGCUCAAGAGGACGGAGGCGAUGGCACUCAAGUACCAGCAACAUCAAGAGUCACUCUCGGCUCAGCUCCAAGUGGUGUACGAGCAUCGCUCCAGGUUGGAGAAGUCUCUGCAGAAGGAGAGGUUAGAGCACAAAAAGGCCAAAGAAGAUUAUCUGGUUUACAAACUUGAAGCACAACAGUCACUAAACAAGGAGAAGCAAGACUCCAGCAGCAGAUUCAACUCUUUACAAGUGCAGCAUCAGAUGUUAAAGAACCAGCACGAUGAUCUGAAGAAGCAGUAUUACGAUCUGCAGGAGCAGCACCAAGUGCAGGGCGAGGACCACGGCCGGCUGCUGGAUGAACACAGAGAGCGCUACGAGAAGCUGCAGCAAGCCAAAGACGUGGAAGUUACCCAACUCAAAGAGAAUGUAUAUAACCUGAGGGAGGAAAAUAAGCAGCUGAGGAAAGCCCACCAUGACAUUCAUAUACAGCUACAAGAUGCACGGGUUCAGCAUCAGGACCUGAAGGCAAGCCACGACCAGCUGGCACUGACACUAGAGGACCACAAGAGUGCGCUGGCUGCAGCUCAGGUGCAGGUGGAUGAAUACAAGCAGCUGAAGGACUCUCUGAACAGGGUGCCCAAUCUGAGACAGCCUGAGCAAAACCCUGCUCCUCAGCAGCCGCAAGCUCCUGCUGCCGCCAUAGCUCCUGAAUCCCAUGUCCAUAACGCCCAGGACGCUAUGAUACUGGAACAGCCACAUGAAGGUGACCCAGCCCGAGAAGGUCACCAGGCUCACCAGGAGUCCAGGUUGGACCACCUAGUAGAGGAGGCGCAUGCCCCGUCCAACAUCAAGUCCCAUCCCACCGUAUCCCAAAACACCGUGUCAGAGAAAGAGGAAGAGGAUGGAGAGGGAGAGGCAGAGAGGAGGAGGGAGCUGGCAGAGGAGGAGAUGGCUCAAGCAGGACAGCCUCAGAAGCUGGAGGAGGACCCGGACCAACCACAGGAUGAGCAGCAGGAGGAGGAGGGAGAGGAGCCAGAACAGGAACAGCCGGAUGAGAACGCACUGGACCGUCAGAGACGCCAGCCACAACCGGACAUGCAGCUGCAGCACGAGGCACACGCCCAGGUGGCGCAUGUGAAGUCGGCCUACGAGCAGCAGCAGGAGCAGCAGCGCCUGGAGGCUCAGAGGGCCGAGGAGCGCAGGCAGAUCCAGAUGCGACAGGAGGCCCUGCAGGCGCAGAGGGAGAGGGUGCUGAAAGAGAGAGAGCAGAGGCUGAAGGAGGAGCAGGAGAGAGAGCAGCAGCAGCACCGGGAGGCCGACAGACGGGAGCAGCUGAUGAGAGAAGAACACCAAAGGAAGAAGACAGAAUAUGAGAACAUGGACAAUGAUAUUGUUGAGGGAGAAGACGACCAUCACACUGAAGAUGAAGCUCAUAAGCCACACGAGGAUGAGGAGGAGGAGGAAAAACAAGAAGCAGAUCACAGAGUGCCACCACAUCAGCAGGGUGGUGUAGAUGGUGAGCUGGACCCCGAGGACGACCCCAACAACCAGGGAGAGGAUGAGUUUGAGGAGGCUGAGGACGAGCGGCCGCAACACAGGGUUGCAGGAGAGGAAGAGGUGGUGGUAGAAGAGGAAGAGGAGCCGGCAGCGCCGGCCCAGCACAUAGACGCGCACCCCGGCCCUGAGCAACCUGCUGUAGAGGAGGAACUGGUGAUGGCUGGAAACCCAGAUCAACAGGAGGACAACCUGGACGACCAGUACCAGGAGGAAGUGGAGGAUGAGGCCCAGGAGGACAUAGCUGGUGGGCAGAAGAGAGAGGAGGAGGUGGAAGAGGAAGGAGAGGAUCCAUAUAACGAGGAAAACAUAGAACAGGAUGAAGUAAAAAACCAGGAGGGACCAAGAAACAAGGGGCAACACAGACAAGACGCAGAGGAUAAUGAGGAAGAGAAUUACGAAGAGGAAGAAGAGGAGGUAGAGGAGGAUACAGCUGGUCAAGAGAAGGGAACCAAUCGGAGGGCAGAGAUGUAGGACAGAUGCAGGCUUGAACCAGCUGCAGUGCCUUUUUGGCUGCCUGUAGAGCCUAUCAGGUCUAUCUUUCCCUUGUUUCUCAAAGGAAUAAAAGCAGCCAUUCAUUCAGAAUUCCAAUUAGGAAAACUGGGAUAUUAUGCCCGGAAGAUGGGAUGCUAUUCCAAACACUGUGGGGUUGGAACUGGUCAGCUCACACUGUGGAAAUGGACAGAAUUUAUAGGACGGAAAUGGGAUAUAUAUACUGUUUUUUUUUUUUUUUUAUUAAUUUGCUUUUCUGCCUACUCGCACUUCUGCCUGAUUGCCUGUCUAGCUCUGUUUUAUUAACAGCAGACAGGCAGAGAAUGUAUUUUCUUUGUGUAAAGAAACCAAAAUAAAUUAUGUUAUUCUAAUGUCCUCAUGGUCAGGCCUUUAUAUGUAUGUUUUUAUCAAACAGUUGUAUACUCUGUAGAGCUCAAAUUUUAAUUUACAUCUUGCAUUCCAAUCGAACAAGUCGUUUUCUGUUAUUUAUUGUUCAUUGUUACAACUCUGACAAUCGUAAAAAGCCCCCCCCCCCCCUUGACUGAACUUGUUUGUCUCAUAAUGGCUUUCACCGGCUUCUUGAAGCUGAUACACAGGAGCAUUUUCACUGGAUAUUUCUGCAAAUGUCAAUCAAAGAGACAUUUCUGGUGAAGCCGUUCUGUGCUGAAAGUGUCACUCUGACAUGUGCCUUUCCAUUCUUGGAAACCUCUUCUGGGUCUUACUUAUUUUACAUUUGGAAAAGCAUUUCAAUAGGACAGGAGAGAUAAGAGCAUGCCAGUGAACCUCUUGCAUAUUGCUUGAGCAUAGCCUUAAAAAGAGGGCUAUUUCAUGUCGACUGCUGGUGUGAAUUAAAUUCACAAAAAUGAAUGCAAUUUAAUGCAACAUCUUUAGUCUACUGUACAAUGUAUAGUAAAACAAAUGCUGACAAUUUGUACAUUUUUCUGCCAGUUAUAUUUGAUACAAAGAAGUGGGAUUUUGAUUGUAUUGAAACAUUUCUGUUACCUGAACGGUGAAUGGAAUAAAGAGGCUGAAGGAUCUCA